GUGCGUACCCCUCGUCUCGACGAAAACGCGUCGGAUCGGCCGCGUAUAUAAGGCCUGCCGCACUUGAAAUGAAAUCAGUCUCCAAUAUGUUGCGACCAUUGCAAUUCGUUUUCUUCUUCGCGGCAUUCGCCUUUCUCGCCGCUGCUGUGGAAAAUGAAGAAGCUCCACCAAAUGUGCAGAGUGAGUUUGAACCACAACCGAAUGCGAACGCCAAUGAUUUAGAAACGGAUGCGACCUACUGGGGAUACGGACGACCAUGGAGAUAUUAUGGUGGUUGGGGAUAUGGUAGAGGAUACGGAGGUUGGGGUGGCUGGAGAGGAGGAUACUGGAGCGGCCGAGGCUGGGGUGGAAGAGGAUAUGGUGGCUGGGGUGGCUUCGGAUAUUGGGGUUGAUACGAGUCCUUGUAUUCUAUCCGCGUGAUACCUUAUUGCUAUUAAUGUAACCUUUGGCUCUUCGUAUGAAUUUUCUCUAAAAUAUACAAAGCUUUUUCGGCGGCUUCAUUAGCUUCGUAAGUUUUCAUUGAAAUUUUCGUUCUACAAGAAUAAAGAUGUAAAAGAAAUG